AUGCAAGACAUCCAAAAGUCUACCGUUUUCACCCUUCCGGACGAUUUACUGGAGUCUAUCGAAUUAAAACCGGAUCUUUCAAGUCAUAUUUCAACCCCCGAAGCAAGUGAAGUUACAGAAAACGCAAGAGAGUCUCGAAUAACAGAUCCUACCCAAAAAAAUAUUUUAUCAUGUACCGUAUGCGGAAUUAAUGAUCUAAGUGAUUUAGAGAAUCGGAAGCAACAUGUAAAAUCGGAUUGGCACCGGUUUAAUGCGAAACGCACAGGAGCAGUUCUUCCUUCCGUAUCGCUGGAUGAAUUUGAGCAAAUCUUAGACAAUUUAACAGAAUCCAUAUCAGGUUCAGAAAGCGAUGAUGGCUCAGACAAGGAAGAAGCUAGCAAAGGGCAGUUGGAAAAGGCUUUUCAAAACUCGCUUCGAAUUAGUGAGAACCCUCAGCAAGAAAACGAAGAGUCGACAAAUCACAAAAAGUCGCCGAUUGUUUGGUUUAAAAUAAAACAUCAAGACCUAUUAAGUCCGUUAUUUCUGGGUAUAUACCGACACCUAUUCCCAUUGGAUUCCGUUAUAACAAAGGAUCAACUUUUAGAGUAUCAAACUGGAAACCAAAAGAAACCACUUCAAAUAGCCAUGUUUAUGCUCGGAGGUGGUCAUUUCGCAGCAAUGGUAGCUACCAAUGAGGUUUCUGGAAAGCCACCUCAGUCUUCUGCUACUCCUAAAGUUGUGGCUCAAAAAACUAUCCACCGAUAUACGACGAGAAGGAAACAAGGUGGUUCUCAAGGUGCCGCCGAUAAUUCAAAAGGGGGAAUCCAUUCAGCUGGUAGUAGCCUUCGUCGAUACAACGAAUUGGCAUUGAUUCGGGACAUACAACAACUGUUCAAUGACUGGAAAUAUCUACUGGACAAAUGUGAUUUGAUAUUUAUCCGGGCAAUCGGUGCAUCAAAUCGAUCAAUUUUCUUUUCACAAACAGAUCCUUUAGUUGAUCCUAAAGACACAAGGUUAAGAACAUUUCCUUUUACUACAAAGCGUGCUACACAUUCUGAGUUACUUCGAUGCUAUAAAGAGUUAGUUACACCCAAAGUCAGUAAUAUCGAUACUCAAAGUUUGGAUACCCAACAACAGGAACUUAGAAAAGAGAAUGAAGCAAAAAAAGGUGCUGAACGAGAACUUAGGGAAAAGCAGGAAAACGAGAGAAAGCUAUUGACAAAGCAUACUGAUGCAUUACUUGCUAGUUUAAAAGCAAAUAAAUUAGAGGAAGCUCUAAAGUAUCUACAAACAAAUGCUCUAUCUAUCAAUUUCCGAUUUCACCCAUUAAAUGUUCAUACUCACACUUCUUCGCCUUUACAUUAUGCUGUUGCUCAAGGAAACACAAAAUUAGUAGCAAGGCUGCUUCGUGAAGGAGCAGACCCUACUGUACAAAAUGGAAACAGUAAAACUCCUUACGAAAUCAGCUCGAGCAAUCGAGAAGUGCGAGACGAAUUUUCGAUUGCUCGAUAUGAGCUAGGUGAAGAGACUUAUGACUGGGAAAUGGCCAAAGUUGGUUCAGCAAAGUCACGAGAUCAAAUUGAAAAACUGAAACAAAAAGCAAAGGCUCGCUCGGAAAGUCAAAAAGAAGAGCGUGAACAACAAGAGGCACAACGACGUCAAGAAGCCAUAAAGAAGAUUAAGGAACAAGAGAAGAAAGAUUAUGAUGCCAAUAAUGGUAAAGGUUAUUCCUUGGGUAUUAAUCCAUUGCGCAAACAAGAUGAUCUAAAGUCUUUAAGUCCAGAAAUGAGACAAAGAAUUGAACGUGAAAAACGUGCAACGGCAGCUAUGAAGCGUUUGCAAAAGCAAUAA